AUCAUUUACGUUUCUGGCUGCGUGCGUUAGUAAUCCUUUUUGUAAAAUCCGUGAAGUCGAGACAGGAGAGACCGGUCCUUUUGUUCAACAUAAUUAUCAUUUUAUAUAGUGUAGUAUAGAUCAUUUUCCAAAAAUGCAGGACCUUACGGAACGUAUCCUUCUAUACAUUGAAAAACACGGUGACGUCGACACCCUGGAUUUAGUCCCUGUCUUCGGUGAGGAUCAUCAAAAGAUCAUUGGUGGCGUAAAAAGUAUCGAAUCGACUGUUGCGGAUUUGAUCAUCACAAAGCCUGCUACCAGAAAAACGUGGGAGCUAACCGAUGAAGGUAAAUUUAUCCUGGGCAAUGGCAGUCACGAGGCGGCAGUCUUCGGUGCCGUGCCGAAUGCAGGAAUUUCGCAGGCGGAAUUGAUGAAAAGCUCGCCGAACGCUAAGGUCGGCUUCAGCAAGGCUAUGUCCAAUGGUUGGAUCUUGAUGGAUAAGUCGGGCGAUGUGCCGUUAAUCAAGCGAAAAGUAGCGACCAUUGUUGAUACGGUUAAAACUCAUCUAGAAGCCGUUGCGAAUGGUAAAGCCGACGAUGUUCCUGAUAAUAUUAAGAAUGAAUAUAAAAAACGUAAAAUUCUUAUUGAAUCGGUUACUAAAAGUUUUGUUCUAUCAAAGGGACCAGAAUUUUCGACAAGUCUCAAAAAACUGGAAACUGAUCUUACGGUAGAAAUGCUUGCAUCAGGGAUUUGGAAAGAUUUGAAAUUUAAGCCGUACAACUUCGAUGCCUUGGGAGUUCCCCCAGAACGGGGACAAUUACAUCCGUUAAUGAAAGUUCGAUCUGAGUUUCGUCAAAUAUUUCUUGAAAUGGGAUUUUCCGAAAUGCCAACGAACAAUUUUGUUGAAUCCAGUUUCUGGAAUUUCGAUGCCCUAUAUGUUCCACAGCAGCAUCCGGCGCGUGAUCAGCAAGACACUUUCUUUGUAUCUCAUCCGCAAUUGAGUAAUAAAUUUCCUGUUUCUCUGUUGGAUGCUGUAAAAGACUCGCAUGAAAAAGGUACGGAUGGAUCAAUUGGAUACCGUUACAAUUGGAAGCUAGAGGAGGCACAAAAGAACGUGCUUCGAACACACACCACCGGAAAUAGUGCUCGAAUGUUGUACAAGAUAGCUCACCAAAUUGGCGGCUUCAAGCCGAUAAAAUAUUUCAGUAUUGAUAAGGUGUUCCGAAACGAGACAUUAGACGCAACACAUUUGGCUGAAUUUCACCAGGUCGAAGGUGUGGUGGCCGACUAUGGAAUAACGCUGGGCGAUUUGAUCGGUACGUUCAAUGCAUUCUUUAACAAAUUGGGCAUUACAGAGCUGGAAUAUAAGCCAACCUUCAACCCAUACACGGAACCAUCAAUGGAAAUCUUUUGCUUCCAUCCUGGGCUGCAGCGAUGGAUUGAGGUAGGAAAUUCUGGGGUUUUCCGACCGGAAAUGUUACGUCCGUUGGGCGUUCCUGUAGGAGUAAACGUUAUUGCCUGGGGACUGUCAUUGGAGCGGCCCACCAUGAUCAAGUACGGUUUGAACAACAUCCGGGACCUGAUUGGUCCAAAAGUGGACCUGAAAAUGGUUCAAGACGGGCCGAUUUGUCGGAUGAAUCGUUAAUGAUAGAUGAGGAUAAAAUUCUUUGCUUAAAGCGUAGUGAAUCGCCAAAAAUAAUACAGUGAUAAUAAAAUAC